AUGUGUGUGAGAUUAUUGGUUGCCAAAUCAAAUUGGAAUAUUCCUGAUCAGUGUUUGGAAUUAUUCGUAAAAAUGAUGCUCGAUUCGACUCCUACGAAAGACAACUUGCCUACAAGUUUUUAUGAUGCAAAGAGGUUGGUGUCGAAGUUGGGUUUAAAAGUAAGAAAGAUUGAAUGUUGCAUUAGUGGUUGCAUGAUGUUUUAUGACAAUGAGUUUGGUACUAAUGAUGAAGCGUUGGAGGAAUGUAAGUUUUGUAAGAGUCCAAGAUAUAAAGUUCGUAGUAAAGCCAUUGAUCGUAAGCAAAAACGUGUAGCAGUGAAGUCCAUGUUUUAUCUUUCGAUAAUAUCAAGGUUGAAAAGAAUGUUUGCUUCAAUGCACAGUGCAAGUCAAAUGACAUGGCAUCAUACAAACAAAAUAAGUUCAAGCACUAUGCGACAUCUAUAUGAUGGCGAGGCAUGGAAGCACUUUGAUCACAUACAUACUGAUUUUGCUGCAGAACCUAGAAAUGCGGGGAUUGGAUUAUGCUCUAAUGGUUUUGCUCCAUAUGUCCAAGUGUCUGGAAGUGGGUAUUCUUGUUGGCCAGUUAUUAUAACCUCUUACAACCUCCCUUCUGAGAUGUGUAUGACAAAACCAUACAUGUUUUUGACUUGCAUCAUUCCAGGACCAUCGAGUCCAAAAGUCGGAAUUUAUUUGUACUUACAAUCUUUAAUUGAUGAUUUGAAGAGGUUGUGGAUUGUUGAAUAG